CUGGAAAAAAACGAAGCGAGUGGUGACGUCAGCAGCGUUGUGACAGAGGACGUUGCAGCCAUGGAGGAAGUGAGAGUGUUUCCCCUGACCUGUGUCGUGCAAAAUUAUGCGUGGGGGAAAGUCGGGCAGGACAGCGAGGUGGCCAAACUAGUGGUUGGUGGAGACCCACUAGCUGUCAUAGAGGAUGGCAAGCCUUAUGCAGAGUUGUGGAUGGGUGCCCACCCAAAAGGUGAUGCCCAGAUUAAAGACAACAGGAUCGCGCAGACCACACUGGGCCAGUGGAUCGCCCACUUCCCUGCCUGCCUGGGCUCCAAGGUCAAAGACACUUUCCAGGGUCAGCUGCCCUUCCUCUUCAAAGUCCUCUCUGUCAAUACCGCUCUGUCCAUACAGGCCCACCCCAACAGGGAGUUAGCCGCUCGUCUCCAUGCUCAGUUUCCGGAGCACUAUCCAGACCACAACCACAAGCCGGAGAUGGCCAUCGCUCUCACCCGCUUCCAGGGCCUCUGUGGCUUCAGACCAGUGGAGGAAAUCCUGGGAUUCCUUAAAUCUGUACCAGAGUUCCGUGCUCUGGUGGGCAGUGAGGCAGCGGAGGAGUUGCAGUGCAGCAUGGGAGAUGCGGUUCAUACGAGCCAGGUGCUGAAGAAGUGCUUCACCAGGAUGAUGAACUGUGAGAAGAAAGUCUUCGUAGAUCAGCUGAACAUGCUGGUCAAGAGAGUCACGGAAGAGGGUGCAGCAGGGAAGGACACAUCAAGCAGCAACGGUGACCUGUUGCUCCGCCUCCACUCGCAGUAUCCCGGAGACAUCGGCUGCUUCUCCAUCUACUUCCUCAACCACAUGGUCCUGGAUCCAGGCCAGGCCAUGUUCCUAGGAGCCAACGAGCCUCACGCUUACCUUUAUGGAGACUGUAUCGAGUGUAUGGCCUGCUCGGACAACACGGUGAGGGCCGGUCUUACACCGAAAUACAUCGACGUUAACACGUUGUGUGAGAUGCUCAGCUACAGCCCAGCCCCUGCCAGCUCCAAAAUCUUCCCCUGUGUCCAGGACGCUUCAGACCCCUGUGUGUCCCUGUACGACCCCCCAGUGCCAGACUUCACUGUCAUGAGGAUACAGGUCCCAGCCUCGGUGAAGCAGUACACCGUUGCUCCAGUUGAUAGCGCCAGCGUCCUCCUGGUCAUUGAAGGCGACGCCACGGCAACCUCUGCCGCCGCCCUCUCUGACAUCACGCUGAGGCGGGGAACCGUCCUGUUUGUCUCGGCCAACGAAAGCAUCUCCCUGCACAUCACCUCCCCGUCAGGGAUGAACAUGUUCCGAGCCUGCUGCCUCCUGUAGUUGUGAGUCUGAGUGUGAAAGCUCAGAGUCUGUGUGUUGGUUUUCCUCGGGUUUGACUGCAUUAUAGAUUGAGCCCAAUGAUCGCUGUGCACUUUUGAAUAGUUAGUAUGCUUAAGGAGUUUUCAGACACGAUGUGUACCAACCUCCAGCAUUUUUAGCUUUAAAAUCCAGCAGUAAUCCUUUGCUGCUGGAUUUUAAUUGGUUUUAACUGUCUUUUCUACAUGUAGUGGUGCGAUUACAUCUUAUAGAUACACCAAAUUCUUUAUAGGUGCUGGACAGCGGACACAUACAUAAAAAGUAAAAUAUGUCCACAACACAGGAUAAAUACAAAAGUGCAGUGAUUAAAAUGUUGCAUGAAAGUGAAUUCUUGACAUUUGAAGCAGCAGUUGAGAAAACAACCUCAGCAGGUCAUUUUAGUAGCUGUUCUGGAGCACAGAAAAAAAAUGUAACUUUAACAAUCCUAUGACAACAAGCACUAUCUGCUGAUGAAGAUCAAAGGAUACGAUCAGACGCUCUAGAACAGCUAAUAAAUAAAGCUUUUGGUGAGAUGUUUUCUCAAAAAAAGAAAAUAACUGUCCACUGAUGACGGUGAGAUGAGGUUGAAAGACUGGAAAAAGCAAGCAAAAGGACUCUAAAGUAUUGUUCAUGUGCAAGUUAUAAUUGCCCUUCAGUGUUUCUGACAUGUUUCCUUUUUAUUCCUAAGACACUUUCAGCUGUUUGUUCUUAUCUUCUGGUGUGGGAUAAACAUAAAACACACUAAAGUCAAACAGCACUAAAGCAGGGUGGGGAAUACGUUUACACUGGUGCAGUACACCACCACUCACUGCUUUGUACAACUACAGUACCACCUUCUUGAGGACUGAGCAUGUCUGCUACAUGAGCCAGCAGUUAAGUCUUCCCCCAGUGGUGCAACCAACUGUAAUCAUUUUAGCUUGAACAAUAUCCACCUAUGGAGAAAAUACCUUGUUAUUAUAGUAUAAUACUGAGAUGCCUGUGCAUGUUUUAUUUCAAGCAGUAUUUACUGAGGAGGGCCUUCUGUCCUGACACACCAAAGUAUUACUGCUUUUAACCUUUACCAGCGCAUGUUUACGGUCUGGAAACUUCUCCUCAAAGUAGUGAACAAUCAUAAAAAUGAAAUAAAAAAUAACUUACUUUAGCUUACUAUCUCCAGCCCAUUAAGCACAACGACAUGGGUAUCAGGAAUGCAUACUGAUUAAAUUUCAAACAUCUAUAUAACUGAAAAGGCACUUCUGCUGCUUGUUGCAUAUACAUACAGUCCAAGCCCAUUAACACAGUGGUUCUCAAACCUUUUCACAUCAAGGACCCCUAAACUGGCACAAAUUAGACCAAGUACCCCCAUUUGAUAAGCUUUUGUCCCAGGAUCACUGAUCUGAUAGGAUUUUGGCUUUUAGAUGUUUUUUACAGAAAGUGUAUGGACCAAAAUAGUCAUACAUUCUGUCAUUGUGUUACUUAUGAAUGAAAUUAUAGUGAGAAAAUAAUAAUUCCCCUUUUUGCUGGGGACCCCCUGGAACCCCCUCAAGGACCCCUUGGGUGUCUCCGGACCCCACUUUUUGAACCACUGCGUUAACACAUCCACAUCUUGUACAGUUGUACAACAAAAUGCUGCAUUCAAUUUUAUAGUAUUAUAGGCACAAAUGUGAUUCUGAGUAUUUGAAGCCGCAUUUUUCAGACUUUGCAUGUUUUGUUGUUUGUACUGGUUCAUCAAUAUGUGAUAUUACAUAUUACCAUUGAAAUGAUCCCUGAAACAGCACUGUAUUAUAAGGUGUCACCUGUACAUUAUGAUAUCAUUGGAUGAGUGGUGUAUCGUCACGGUAAAAUCUUUUAUGAUGACCACUUUCCAACAUGUUGGUACAAUACUGUAACUAGAUUAUUUCAUUAUGGUGCAAACGUCUGCAUAAUAUUCCAGUUCAUCCCAGGGUCAAUCUGUAAUUCAAUCAAUCAUGAAGUGGAUUUUCUUGUUACUGUUUUUAUAGGUUAUCUGGAAUCAAAUAUUUGAGAAUGAAUGCCUGUCCACAUACCAUUGAGUAAAUAUUUCUCUGAAUAGUCUGACAUUAGAAACUACAGGUGAACUGGUAGGUGAUGCUUUGACCUACUUCAUGACCAUGUUAGUGGUGUAGGUUGAUUUUUAAGCUUGUCUCUAACACAGAUGCACUAAACCUUUACUUGUUGCUGAGAUUGUUGAACAAUGGAAGGAUAUUAAGAGAAAGAAGGGCAUUUAUAGUUAACAUGACUGCAUUGUUUUGAUUAAAGAACCAUUACCUCAGAUUCAUCCGUCUGUAAGUCUAAAAUUGCCUCUAGUUUUUCUUUGUCAACCCUUUUUUCCAUCUUUUCAAAAUGUUUCAAUUUAGUCAUGUAAUCUCGUAGAGGUUGAUGUUUCAAACAAUAUCCAAUUUAAGCUUUUCAUUUAACUAUCACGCCUUUGUUACUGAUUUUGUUCACCUUUUAGUUUUAAUACUGUACGUCCGGGACAUGCAAAGAAAUCCUUUUUGUUAUUUUUUCUCUUUAACUCAUGUCCUUCAAAUGCACACAAAUGAGAAGUCCACACUGUUUUACCUUAAUUGUUUUAUUUAAUUAUUGUUCUAGGAAUAUGUCUCUAGUGAGGGCAUGGUUUAGCAUUUUUGAUCAUGGUGAUGUUGUAGUCUGGGACUGUAGAGAACAUGUCUAUGUAAAAGUGGUUUAAUAAAGCCGUGUUCUGCUACUA